AAGGUUUUUACAAAUCCAUAAACCAGUUUGAACUUUGAAGUCAUUUUAAUCCCAAACACUGAUUAUUAAUAUUUCAACCAUCAAAUCCUCAACUAAUUUCAGGCCUAUCCCAAAAAAGGAAAAAGAUUGUUAGGGACGACGACAUCAUCCCGUUAUGCUUUUUAAGGAACCACUAGUGAAAUGAAGAGACAACUCCGACAAGUUAGCGAUUGAUUCGAACAAAGGCGGUGCGUUUAGACAAAGCACAGAAAACACCCAGAAUUUCUCAGUUACUUGGGCGUCCUCGCAAUCAAACUUUAUUCAAGAAUACGUAGGAUCGAUCAGAUAUAUUUUCUAUAUCGACCGCCGAAAUGGGAAGCUCAAAGACUGGGGCUACUGACUCCUCCGCCACCGAGUCCGACAUCACCAAGACCGACCCCGACAUGGAAAUUGACGGCGACGACGGCGAUUGCCCUCCUGACACCGAUUCCUGCCCCUUCUCCGAAGGAGAAAAGGUCCUUGCUUUCCAUAGCGUCCGCAUAUACGAAGCCAAGGUGACAAAGAUUGAAUACCAGAUGGAGUGGAGGUUUUUUGUUCAUUAUCCUGGAUGGAGCAAAAACUGGGAUGAAUGGGUAGGUGUGGAUCGCCUGAUGAAGUUUACUGAAGAAAAUGUGCAGAAACAGCAGGCCCUCAAUAAGAAGCAAUCCUUUGAGAAGAAUACAAAGCUAGCUCGAGCUUCACUGAUUAAACCAAAAAGUUCCCACAUGGCAAGGGCCAAGAAGCGAAAGACUGACUUUGUUAGUAAGGAGGAUGGCAAUUUACUCUUGGACAGGCUGGUGAACAUCCAACUCCCACCUCCGCUAAAGAAACAAUUGGUUGACGAUUGUGAAUUUAUUACUCAUUUAGGCAAGCUUGUUAAACUUCCACGUACCCCAAAUGUUGAUGACAUAUUGAGGAAGUAUUUGGAUUAUAGGAUGAAGAAGGAUGGCUUAAUAUCUGAUUCAGUUGGAGAAGUUCUGAAAGGAUUACGUUGUUACUUCGACAAAGUAUUGCCAGUGAUGCUUCUAUACAAAAGUGAGCGUCAGCAAUAUGAUGAAGCAAAUUCAGAUGAUGUCUCUCCUUCAACUGUAUAUGGUGCUGAACAUCUUUUACGCCUUUUCGUUAAGUUGCCCGAGUUAUUGUACCAUGCCAACAUUGAAGAGGAGACAUUGAUGGAACUGCAGCAAAAAUUAAUUGACUUUCUCAAGUUCUUACAGAAGCAUCAGAGUGCAUUUUUCCUCUCUACGUACCACGUACCAGAAGAUAUUGAAACGAGCACCAACAACUAAGAUGGGUCGGUUGUAAGUUUUCGGCAACAAACAUUGUACAUAGGACAUUGGAAAUACAGUUAGGUAGAUGUCUUAUCACCAUUUUGAAAUUUGAAUCUGUGCUUUCCUGGAUUUCAAUAUUCGUGAAACACAUAUAUCCAGUUUCAUGUUA